GUGCGACUAAAGCCUGCAAGAGAAUUUCAAUAUUUUCAUUCUACAGAAAGUUUCUGUUUCAAAAGGUUUCUUUUUGUGAUUCUUCUUUGUUUUUAUAUAAUUCAGUUACAGACACAUAGAACAAUUCAAGUGACGCUUAAAACAGUGAAAAUUAUUUAAUAAAUUCAUGAAAAAAUCUCCAAAAAACAGCAUAAAAUGACUCAAUACAAUCAGAAUUCAAUUGUUGGAAUUAUUCCUCAAGUUGAUGAACUUUAUACAGGAACUGUUAAGGACGUUAAUAAGCAUGGGUUGAUUGUGAAAUUAAAUGGAUUUAGUAAGAUGCAUGAAGGGCUUAUCCAUAAUUUAGAAUUGAUGGGGGACUUGAACAAGCUGAUUAUUGGAAAUUUGAUUAAAGUUCGAAUUGUUUCCAUAUCCGAUGAAUUCAUAUCAAUGACAACCAAAAAUGUAGAACAGCCAGUGAACAAAGGACGAGCUGCUCAUAAGUUUGCAACUGACGAUCGUAAACGUAAGAUUCGUGUAGCAAGUCCUGGCCGUAGAGAAGUCUCUCAAUUCACUCAUUCAUAUUCAACUGCAAAGGUUGAUGUCAUCAAAGAUGAACCUCCGUUCCUCAAGAACCUCUCAAACAGCGUCACAUCAUCGAAGAUUCCAAAGCAAAUCAACAUCUUUAGAGACCCAAAUAGUAAUAUGGCUAGAGUUGCCAAGGCAAAAAUGCAAAAUCCUGCAGCCAUUCCGUUCUAUUUCACAGAAUCUGGUUUUGGAAGUUCCUGGCAGAAGCCAGCCGAACUGCAUACUAUUUUUGAGAAACUACGUUUAUCAUCAAGUGUUUCAGCAAGUGCGUCAUCAUCAUCGACUUCAAUUGAUUACAAGAAGCGAAUUAAAAUGUCGAUUCGACAACAACGUGAGUCACUACCGAUUUUCAAAUUCCGAGAAGAGAUUAUCAAAGCUGUGACUGAUAAUCCUGUGUUAAUUGUUAUCGCUGAAACUGGUUCAGGUAAAACAACUCAAAUUCCACAGUUUCUCAUCGAGGCAGGUUUCAUAUUACGAGGCAAAAUCGCAUGUACACAACCACGUCGUUUUGCAGCAAUGAGCGUUGCUACACGUGUUGCUGAUGAAUAUGGAUGCAUCAUUGGACAGGAAGUUGGAUAUAAAAUUAGAUUUGAAGACUGUUCAAAUCCUAAUACAAUCAUCAAAUACAUGACUGAUGGAAUUUUACUUCGUGAAUGCUUGUCGGAUGCAAAUUUAGACUCUUAUUCGGUUAUCAUUUUGGAUGAGGCACAUGAGAGAACCAUGCAUACUGAUGUUCUGUUUGGACUGUUGAAAGAAGCUGUCAAGCGUCGUCCAAAGCUUCGUCUCGUCAUCUCAUCAGCAACAUUGGAUUAUGCCAAAUUCUCUCAGUUCUUCGACAAUGCCAAAGUCCUCCAAAUUCCUGGAUCAAUGUUUCCAGUUGAGACAUUCUAUUAUACUUAUCAGGUCACUACUGAUUAUUUGAAUGCAGCCUUGAACACAGUCUUGAACAUCCAUAUGCGAGAACCAGACGGAGAUAUUUUGUUAUUUUUAACAGGACAAGAAGAAAUUGAGCGUGCAUGUGAAACAUUAGAGGAAUACAUUGAAAAAAAUAGAUCUCGUUUCAAUCUUGAUCUCAUAAUCCUUCCUAUGUUUUCGGCAUUGCCACCUGACAUGCAAAGUGAUGUGUUGCUGCCAGCACCGAAAAAAUGUAGAAAGGUUAUUAUUGCAACUAAUAUUGCAGAAGCGUCUGUGACAAUUGAUGGAAUUAAGUUUGUUGUUGAUUGUGGAUUUGCCAAGCAAAAGAUUAACGACCCAAAGACAGGAAUGGAUAUGCUGACAAUUAUUCCGAUUUCUCAGGCAUCAGCUAAUCAACGUUUAGGUAGAGCUGGAAGAACAGCACCUGGAAAGUGUUAUCGUCUGUAUUCUGAAAAGGCUUACAAUGAAGAGCUGUUGCCUGAGACAAUUCCUGAAAUUCAGCGUGCGAAUUUAUCACAAGUUGUUCUGCAUUUAAAAGCAAUUGGUGUAAAGAAUAUCCUUGAAUUUGACUUUAUGGAUCCACCACAUAAAGAUAAUAUUUUGACGUCACUUAGACAGUUGUUCCUACUUGGUGCUUUAGAUCGCAAUGGUGAUGUUACAGAUCUUGGUCGGAAAAUGACGGAACUUCCAGUUGAACCAAAUUUAGCCAAAAUGCUGUUGGUCUCUGUUGGCUUGAAGUGUACAGAUGAAAUCAUUACAAUUAUUGCAAUGCUAAGUGCUGGAAAUGUUUUUUAUAGACCAAGAAAGAAGCAAACGCUUGCUGAUGAGAAGAAAAAGUCUUUUGAGCAUGCAGUCGGUGAUCAUUUGCGGGCAUUGAAUGUCUACAAGAAAUGGGAAAUCAACCACUAUUCAAGUGAAUGGUGCAAGACUAAUUACUUGAAUGAAAAGAAAUUGUUAGAGGCACAGGAUGUCCGCGAAAAUUUACUGACGAUUAUGGAUAAGUACAAAUAUGAAAUUUAUUCAGCUGGAUUCAAUUAUGAGCGUGUUCAGAUGGCAAUUUGUUCUGGAUUCUUUCAAAAUAUUGCUAGAAGACCUGCAAUUAGUGGACGUAAUAAUAAGGUUUAUAAAACUAUCGAUGAACAGGAAUGCUUCAUUCAUCCAUCAAGUUCGUUAUUCCAUCAACUUCCAUCUUGGAUCGUCUACAACAAUUUGACAGAAACAACUAAGAAGUUUUUGAAUGAAAAUACAGUCAUCAAUCCUUUAUGGUUGCAACAACUUGUUCCUGAUAUGUAUAGAGUGACUGACUUUAAUCCGAAUGCAGAUCUAGAUGAUUUUUUACAUGAUUUAAUCUUUUAAAUAAUCUUUUGCAAUAAAAUUUUAUUUCUUUUUUUUUUAAUUUUCGAUGAGUUCAAUAAAGUUCCUUAUUUUUGCUAUCUCAUCUUAUAUUAAUUAUGUUUGAUUAUAUUGUAAUCGAAAAAGAAUUUAUAUUAAAACUACC